GUGGCGGAAACACGGGAAGCGUAAGAGAGGAAAGAGAGAACCUCGUGACGGAGAAGAGAAGAAGUGGGAGCGACCUGGGUCGAGACGGAGUGAGAGCCCGACAGAGAGAGAGAAGAAGGGAGAGGAUUCACGGACUGAGCACCGCACAGUCGCUCAUCCCAUCAGGAUGGCCACAACCACCCAUCUCCCGAGCUCCUCUUUCUCUCCGACACCGCAGUUCAACACGACCACUGUCUGGAACUCCGUCGCCUGGAACACCUCUCAAACGAUCGUGACCCGGCUCUCCAAAAGCACGGACAAGACGCCGGAAACCUCCACCAGCACCGACACCUUAAAGUACUCGGCCAUAACCAUCUUGAUCAUCGUCUUCGUCCUGGGCAGCAUCGGCAACUUCUUGGUCAUCUGGAUCCUGGGCUUCAAGAUGAAGCGCACGGUGGUGACCCUCUUCUUUCUGCACCUGUCCAUCGCCGACUUCAUCUUCGUGAUGCAGAUCCCCCUGGUCAUUGUCACCGUCUACAUGGAAGCGCAGUGGGUGCUUGGGGCGGCCGCGUGCAAACUCGUGUGGUUCACCCUUGCCGUGAACAUGAACGCCAGCGUCUACUUCUUGACCCUCAUCAGCCUCGACCGCUACGCCGCUCUCCUGCACCCCGUGUCCUCGCUGCCCCUGCGUCGCCUGCGCAUGGCCCGGUGGCUCUGCCUGGCCGUGUGGGUCCUCGCCCUGCUGCUGAGCCUGCCGCCUCUCAUCUUCUCCAACUUGGACGCGUCGGACGAAGGCCUCGUCUACUGCUACAGCGGCUACAGCGACGAUGUCCGCGAGCACACGCGGCACAUGCUGACCGCCAUCGGGAUUUCCUUCGUGGCGAGCUUCGCCGUUCCUUACGCCGUCAUGAUCUUCUGCUACUGUCGCAUCGGGGCGAGGCUGCGGCGCGUAGACAAAUCGCGUCGCGGCAACUCGUUCAGAAUCAUCGUGGCCGUGGUCGUGGCCUUCUUCGUCUGCUGGGCGCCGUACCACGCCAUCGGACUGCUGGAAGCCGCCUCCUACGUUCAGGACGACGAGGGCUUGUUGAGGGUGGCAGAAUGGGCAGACCCCGUGAUCUUGGGAUUCGCGUUCAUCAACAGCUGCAUCAACCCGAUCCUCUACGUGUUCAGCGGCUCGGAUCUGAAAGCCCGGUUCAGGCGCUCGCUCGUCGCCGCCAUCGAGAACGCGUUCAGAGACCACGAGCCGUUGGAUUCGGGGCAGGAGAGCAGGAGCGGACCCACGGCGCAGUCGCAGGAUCUCGCCGACAUCGCCAUCGUCAGCACCGACGUGGUCAGCACCAACAUCAGCAGUGACUCCAAUGGUAACGCAGAGGGCGGCCGCGUUGACGGGACGCGGGUUGCCUUGGUACAGGAGGAACGGGUGUAGGGGUGGCCACCGUGAGGGAUCUGCGACCACGAAAAUUCGAUUUGUUUUCAUCUCAAAUCGACGCCCCUGGGUGUUGUUUGUUUGACAAGCUCGCUUCUACUGAAUGAUAUGAAGGAUUGCUGCUGCAAUUGGUGGUGAUGAUGAUUGAUGAUGAUGGUCGUGAUAAUGAUGAUGAUGGUGGUAGUGGUGAUAGUGACAAUUAUGAUGACAAACACCAUGAUUGAGGAUUAUUGAGGCGGUGGUGGCGGCCAUGAUGGUGGUGAUGAUAAAAACAAUGUAUUUUUGCAUCUAACGGUUUUUCAUGAGGAGUUAAGGAAAGGGUAAGAGUUAGACUCGGAUGCUACGGUUUAAGCUUAUGGUUUGAGGAACACAGAGACUCCUCUACUUACGAACACUCGACUUACGAACUUUCAGAGAUAGGAACAAACCUGUCCCCGUAUGUCCAGUUGCCUGUUCGGACCGAGAGUCGUAAGUUCAAC